AUGCGCGGCCUCGACGAGAACAGCAAUGUCCUGCAUCGAGUCGGACACACUGCAGGCGCGCAGGUGAAGAACGUAUGGCUGGCGUUUGUCAACUUUGCGGCUCGAGACAAUGUCCUCGAGGUGGCACUCGGUCUAAUCAUUGCGAACGCCUUCACCAAAGUAGUGUCCUCGUUCGUAUCCGACGUGGUCCUCCCUGUGGUAUCCUUACUCCCUCUGUUGAAUCGAAACAUGGACCAGAAGUUUGCCGUGCUCUCACCUGGUCCAAACUAUGUCGAGGAGCACGGUUACAAUACCUUGAAGCAGGCUCGAGAUGACGGAGCACUGGUCCUUGCAUGGGGCAUGUUUGUCGAGACACUACUCAAUUUCGCAGGUGUGAGCUUGACCUUGUUCGCCGUCGCCCACUUAUACAUGUUUGUCUCGCACGACAAGAUCAUCAAGCCCACAGUUCGGUGUCGAUACUGCCGCAAGUUCAUUAGCGUUCAGGCCAAACGGUGCGUGAAUUGCUCGACUUGGCAGGAUGGCAGAGAAGACUUGCCCGGGGAGACUGUUCACAAUAGCGACAGUGACAGCAUCCACAGCAGUGACGACGCGACCAUGGGCAACAACCGACGAGGUUGGCAGAGUCGGUGA